UAUGGCGAGAGAUUUGAAUGGAACCAGCACAUCCAAGGAUUGCUUCUAUCGGGAUAUUUUUUUGGAGUGUUGCCAGCUAGUAUGCCUGGAGGGAUGUUCGCCGAAAAAUACGGCGGAGCCAAAGUUGUUGCGGAGCCGUUUAUCCUGCUCUACAUGCAAUGGUGGCUAGAUGGGUUCCACCCGGCGAAAAAGGGAUGUUCGUUUGGACGAUGCAAGGUGGGCCGUUUGGAACCUGGGUAACUUACAGCCUUUGCGGACAUAUAAUAUCCGAAUAUGGGUGGAAAACCUCAUAUUAUGUUACCAGUAGUCUCAUAUUAGUAUUCUUUGUUCUUUGGGUGUAUUUAAUUUAUGACACGCCUGAUAAGCAUCCCGGCAUUACCGAAAAGGAGAAAGCCUAUAUUAAGGAACAAAUAGGCUCUACGAUUUCAAAACAAAAAGUGAAACUUCCUUUGAAAGCAGUCGCAACUUCUGUGCCGUUCCUAGCUCUAAUGUGGGCUCAUUUUGCAAACAUGUGGGGGAUUUAUUUCAUCGCAACGAAUGGACCCAAAUACACAUUGGAAGUUCUUGGGUUUGACAUGAAAUCGGGCGGCGCUAUAACAGGAUUACCCUAUAUUGCCAGACUGGGAUCUGGUGUCGUGUUUGCGGCUGCGGGUGAUUACUUGAGAAAGAAGAAAAUAUUGACCGUGGCUUGGAUUCGACGAUCAUUUAUGAUCUUCUCACACGUCGGCCCAGCCGUAGCUCUAUUGGCAAUGACUUAUGCCGGUUGCGAUACUACUACUGCCAUUAUAAUGUUGAUAUUGUCACUGUUAUUGAACGGUGCUGCUUGUCAAACUAGUUUACAAAAUCAUCAAGACCUCGCACCAAACUUUGCCGGCUCGCUCUAUGGAAUUAUGAAUACUUUUGGUAGCUUUCCUGGGUUCAUUAUUCCACCGAUUAUCGGUGCCCUUACAAAUGAAAGAAAUGGUAUCGAGGAAUGGCGCGUUAUAUUUUGGAUCUCCGCGGCAGUAUUUAGUUCGGCGGCGGUAAUAUUUUGGUUACUUGGUUCUGCCGAGAUUCAACCCUGGAACGAUCUAGCUAAAACAGCUAGUGACGAGGAGGAAAAGCAGAUGAACGCGGUGAAGGAUUCUGAAACCGAGGAACAAGAGAAUGAACGCCUUUAAUAUCUGAAAAAAACUGCAGGUAAAAAUGAAAGUUGAUAAUUAUCAUUUUGAAGCAAUAUCAAUGUGAAAUUAUUAAUGUCUGAUCUGAAGAUUUUUAUUUUAUUGAGUGUACGACUAGAGACGAUUUUCGUAAAUGUGAUUCGUAAUUAUUUCGUUGAAUUUCACAUUGUAUUACACACACAAACACAUCAUAUUGUAUAGCUUUGCAACAUUGAUAUUAUGGCAUCCUGUGAACGGUGGAGUAUCCUAUCGAAAUUAGUGGUAUAUAAUUUCCAAAGAACGUGUCAAAUCAUAUAUUUCAUUACAAUUUCAUGUCGGACCAAUGAUGAGACAUUACUUGUUAUUUUCAUACUCGGAGUCUUGUAUUAUUUCAUAAUGUAAAAAUUACAAUAAACUGUUAGCAAGUUCUUCACUUUAAUAAAAAAAAGCGCUGAUUAAAAAUAAAAUAUACAAUUAUGUAUUUUUUCAAGCGCUAAUAUACUUCCCAUAGGGUUACCUUCAUUGCACACGAUGAAAAUAACUGUGCGAAUAGCGAAAACAGUGUUGCAUUGAAAUCAUUUAUUUUUUUUUACAUCGUUGUGUACAAUAUACAUUAUUUAUCUCAUUUCUUUAUAUCAUAAUGUUUCUCCAAACUUGGAUUCCCAUUACCAUAUCACUGGCUACAGCGCAAAGUGAAUGGGACACAACAAAUAUUUCAUGUUCGAAAAUACAAUAAUGAAAAUAUUACGACUGUUUUGAAUUAAACACAUUGUAUAGAUGACACGUGUAUUUUAUGUUAGUGGCAGUAGCCGUUAAUUUACAAAUAUUUUUGUAAUAUUUGAGACGAGAUUUUCCACUGAGAUUCUCACUAACAGUGACAAUAACUUAUAUUAUUUUAUGUUGCAUUUACAUUUAGUGUAAAAUGCAUCGAUUACAAAAGCGACGCUAUGCAAACGUUCAAUAAUGUACAACUUCGUAAUGUGAUGUCAACGUUUACAUUUACUUAAUGUUAUUUCUGUUAAUAAAUAAAUUACCAAGAGUUAA